AUGGAUUUUUCUCUUGACUGAAUGAAUGAGUCAGUUCCUGAGGCCGAAUGCAGCUCCGGAAUUCUCAAGGUAACCCCCAGAUAGACUGAUGCCGAGCUUAAUUUAUGGUCAACCCAAGAUGGAAUUUCUGAAGCUGAAAAAGGAAUUCAAUUACUUGAGUCAGGAUUUCCACCCCAAAAGAUUUGAGUCUUAAACAAUCUCGACAUUGUCAUAAAAGAAGGCAUUCAUUCAUUAAAUUACUAUAGGAAGCUCCAGGCCAGCCCACUAAUCGCUUUUCAAGUCCCUCACUUCUAACAACCACCUUGCCUGCCAGUCUGAUUACAAAGCUAUUCCACAAGGUCCCCAGACUCCCAGCUGGCUAUAGGUGUUAAAAGUUCAGAUUCGCUAGGCCAUAUUUAUAUAUAUGUCAUAAAAGAAGGCGGAACAAGAAUUUUGAGCCGAAUAUUUGUAAGUCCUAAUUAGUCUCAAAUAAUGAGUUGAGAUGAGCAAAUGCAAAUAGCUGCAGGCAUCGGCUUACUAAACACUGUAAAGAAAAAAUAUCUCCCUAACCGUUUUUUUCAAGAUACAUUAGAGCUUGCAGUAACAUUUCUUAGCUUUUAUUCUCGAACUAUAUUAGAUGCAUGGAUGCCAGUAUUUAACGCACUUAUAUUGCAAGUAUCUGUUGAUUUGAUAAAAUCAAAAGUAAUUCCUAUGAUAAUUUUGUUAUCUGAUUAUAAGGCCUUCCUAUAGAUGGCGCGCAAUGCACCAUCACCGGGCCAUGUCGGGAGAGGGUUCCACACGAGGAAUGGUUCUACGUGUGGAACCCUCUUUUUGGCUCGUGGAAAGUAGUUUUCUCACAGGUCAAAAAGAGAGUUCCACACGUAGAACCAUUUCCUCGUGUGGAACCCUCUCCCGACAUGGCUCGGUGAUGGCGCAUUGCGCGCCAUCUAUAGGAAGGCCCUAUAUACUCAAAAACCUAUCUCCCGGCAAGUUUCAUGCCAAUUAAUAAACAGUCUUGCAGAAGUCUUAGGAAAAGAAUUCAAAGGACAGAUUUUGCAGAGAGCCAAAGCAUUAUCCCAAGACACAAAUGCAGAAGUGAGGCAAGAAAUGUGCAAGUCAUGGUUUUCAAUUGCAAAAGUUAUUGGUGGUUCUGUGAUUGAAGAGCUCAUUUUUUUUGAAGCAGUUAAGCUUGUGCAUGAUGCUGCUCCAGCCGUUAAAGCUGAAGCAAUUAGCCUAUUUAUUCAGUUAUUACCUUAUUUAUCGAUUGCGUUUUUAGAAGCUGAAGCAAUGCCUAUAAUAAAAGCUGAACUUUUAGUCGAAGCGUCUGCCAGUGUUCAAGUAAACUUAUCGCAGCAGAUAGGCCCUUUAUUUAUUUCUAUGAAAUCGAUAAUUACUAAAGAAGAUAGAGCUUUAUGCAUAGAAAUCCUAACAAAAUUAGCAGAUUCAGAUUUCACAGUCAGAAAAAAUUUAGCGUUUAACAUUCCUGGAGUUUAUUUAGCUCUGGGAGCUUGCAAGAACCUAAAAGGGAUCAUUACGAAGCUUGCAAGUGACGAAGAAAUGGAAGUAAGAAUGAAUGUCGCAGCUGGCUUGCAUGAAAUCGUGAGGCAUGAUCCAAACUGUAAAAUAGUGAGAAAAAUAUCAACACAGCUAUUUGAAAACCCUCAAACUCAGCUUGCAAUGCUUAAAAAUAUUCAGCAUUGGCAAUACCAUUUCCAAGCAUCUGAGUUGCUUUCAAAAUUCGCAGCAAUAAUAAAUGCAUCGAAUUGAAGAACACAAUUAAGCUAUUUAGCGCAAAUCAAGGAAGCAUUUUUACAGUUUCCUAUGAAAGAUAUUAUCGACAUAUUUGUCCCUCUUCUUAUAUACAAAAUGCAAUCUGGCUCAUGGCCAUUAAAAAUAUCGUCUGCUGAGCUCUUAGCCAAUAUUAUGUAUCAGAAUUACUAUAUGGCUCGCAAGCUCGAUAUUUGUAACAUUUUAAAAGAUAGAUUUGCAAGGUCAAAUUUUUGUAAUGACAGAAUUACUUUUCUCUAUUUCAUUCAGAAUAUUUUGCCAUUGCAAUCAAAACAAUUUUUUUCUUCAAUUUUCGCGGACGAAACUAUUAGGCUUGGAAGUGACAGUGUAAGCGCUGUCCGUAUUAAAUUUGUAUCAAUGGUGCCUCAAAUAAGAGAAUCCCUCCAAAAUCAAGGAAUUACACAAUUAAAAAACGUUUUAGCCAAUUUAAUUGAAGACCCUGUACAAUCAGUAAGAGAAUUGGCUCAAGUUUCGAGGAACAUCUUGAAAAGUGAGGAAUUCAAUAAUAAAUUGCAAAGUGAAGAAAUGCAGAGAAAUGAGCAGAAAAAGCUGAAAUUUGAAGAAGAACAGGGAGGGCAGGAAUCCAGAGAGCAGGAUGAAAAGAAAAAGAGAAUGGUCGAUGAGCUAGCAGCCAAAGCAAGAGCUGAUAUGCAGCAAAGCAAAAGUGGAGGGCUUAAAAGCAGGCCGAAUUUAGGAAAAUCAGCAAGACCUGAAGUAUCAAGCAGUCCUAAAAUACCAAAACCGAGCUUGCAGGUUAAACCACCUGUUGCUGUUAAAAAGAAAUUGGUUUAA